AUGGGAAAGAUUUCAUUGAGAUAUGUUGGUGCUCUACAUUCGAGCGUUAAGAAAUUGCUUCAGCUCCAUUACGUUUUGAAUCUCGAACCACCAUUGAAAAUGUCUACACCAAUGCAUGAUUUUCGCCAGAUGGAUCCAUCACCAAGAACUGGGAAUCUUCAAACACAGAAACAAUCAGCCAACACUACGGAAAAAGAACAGUUGGAUCCUCAAGAAGAUGCUGCAUUCUGGCCACUAUCAGGGAAACCAUAUUUCUAUGUGGUUCUUGGUAAACUAAUCCAUGGAAGGAGGUUUCAACUGUCCAUCCCACGUGAACUAUCGGAAAAGCUUCCAACUUCUACUGUUCCUGCUAAUAUCGUGUACAAUGGAAAGGUGUGGGACCUACUUUACCAUGGUGAUCAGACUAAAAAAAGGUUUGGAAACGAAACAUGGGGAAAAUUUGUUACAGAUAACAAGCUUGUAGCUGGGGAUGCAUGUGUGUUUGAGUUGAUGGUGGGGAGCUUAAAGAGUAGGAUUGUUAAGUUCAAAGUUCAGAUCCUUAGAAGUGGUUUCCCAUCUGAAUUGUUGGAGAAAGCUGAAGGGUUUAAUAUGAACAAUCCCAUUGCUAUCGAUUAGGGUUCUUGAUCUUAGUUUUUGUUGUUUUGAAUCUUGAAUAGUUAUGGUGUUCAUAUGUGUUUUGGUCAUCUAGUUUUAAUGAAAAUUUCGAUGCUUUUCUUGAAGAAA